AUGGGACCCAAUACGAAUACCAAAAAAGAAUCAGUGGCUAAAAAGGAAUUCCUGCCCAAAAACGAAACAAUGCCGAAGAAACAGACCGUGUCCAAAAAACACGGGCCGUCCAAUGAAGACGCAACGGCCAAACAGGAAACAACGUCCAAAAAACCGACCACGCCCCAAAAAGACGCGUGUGUCCGAUUUAAAUUGUCGUACGCUGAACUGCUGCGCUUAGCCGAUCAAAUGGCGGCUGGGAAGGUGGUGCGAGCGCCUAAGGCUGUGACUGAGAAGAGUGGCGCAGGGACCGGUGCACCCAAAACCAAAAGUGUUGUGGGGCGAGGGCAAACCAAAGCCCAGAACACCGCGCAUGAACCAUCCGUCAGAGGUCCAAGCGGUCUUAAAGUGACGUCACGGGGACAGGGCGACAGGGGUACAGGUGCAACCAAGCCCAGCGACAGGGACCGCGGGAGAGAUACAGAUACAGACAGGGCCACACACAGCACACAUGGGCAGACACGCAGUGCACGCAUCACCGGGCGAGGGAGCCGUUCAAGAGAUGCGCACCACAGUACUGAGAAAUCAAGCAAGCAGGCAACUAAUAGAACAGCCUUCAGCGGAGGCUUCACGCGCAUCCGCAACGACGAGCCAAUUAAAACAACGAACUCAUCCAAGAGGUAG